CACUCCAUGUGAUGUUUGCUUAGUUGCCUGUUCCCUUUUCUACCUGCAGAGCACGGUUCCCAUAAGGGCAGCGGGAUCAGCCUCCUGUCUCAUCUGGAAGACCACCACUCUGGGGUCUCAGAGGAAUGAUGGAAGCCUUGGGGUUUCUAAAAUUGGAAGUGAAUGGCCCCAUGGUGACGGUGGCCCUGUCAGUGGCUCUCUUGGCCCUCCUGAAGUGGUACUCCACGUCAGCAUUCUCAAGACUGGAGAAGUUAGGCCUCAGACAUCCCAAGCCUUUUCCUUUUAUUGGGAACUUGACAUUUUUCCGCCAGGGUUUUUGGGAAAGUCAAAUGGAGCUCAGAAAGCUGUAUGGACCUCUGUGUGGGUACUAUCUUGGUCGUCGGAUGUUUAUUGUUGUUUCUGAGCCAGACAUGAUCAAGCAGGUGUUGGUUGAGAACUUCAGUAACUUUACCAACAGAAUGGCGUCGGGUUUGGAGUUCAAGUCGGUAGCCGACAGCGUUCUGUUUUUACGUGACAAAAGAUGGGAGGAAGUCAGAGGUGCCCUGAUGUCUGCUUUCAGUCCUGAAAAGCUGAACGAGAUGGUUCCCCUCAUCAGCCAAGCCUGCGACCUUCUCCUGGCUCAUUUAAAACGCUAUGCGGAAUCUGGGGACGCAUUUGACAUCCAGAGGUGCUACUGCAAUUACACCACAGAUGUGGUUGCCAGCCUUGCCUUUGGCACCCCGGUGGACUCCUGGCAGGCCCCUGAGGAUCCCUUUGUGAAACACUGCAAGCGUUUCUUCGAAUUCUGCAUCCCGAGACCUAUCCUGGUUUUACUCUUAUCAUUUCCAUCCAUAAUGGUCCCACUGGCCCGGAUUUUGCCCAAUAAGAACCGAGAUGAACUGAAUGGCUUUUUUAACGAACUCAUUAGGAAUGUGAUUGCCUUGCGGGACCAGCAAGCUGCCGAAGAGAGGCGGAGAGACUUCCUCCAAAUGGUCCUGGAUGCCCGACAUUCUGCAAGUCCCAUGGGCGUGCAAGACUUUGACAUCGUCAGAGACGUUUUCUCCUCUACUGGGUGCAAGCCGAACCCUCCCCGGCAACACCAGCCCAGACCCAUGGCCAGGCCUUUGACUGUGGAUGAGAUUGUGGGCCAGGCCUUCAUCUUCCUCAUCGCUGGCUAUGAAAUCGUCACCAACACACUUUCUUUUGCCACCUACCUACUGGCCACCAACCCUGACUGCCAAGAGAAGCUUCUGAGAGAGGUGGACCUUUUUAAGGAGAAACACAUGGCCCCUGAGUUCUGCAGCCUCGAGGAAGGCCUGCCCUAUCUGGACAUGGUGAUUGCAGAGACGCUGAGGAUGUACCCACCAGCUUUCAGAUUCACACGGGAGGCGGCUCAAGACUGCGAGGUGCUGGGGCAGCACAUCCCCGCAGGCGCUGUGCUAGAGAUGGCUGUGGGUGCCCUGCACCAUGACCCUGAGCACUGGCCAAGCCCGCAGACCUUCAACCCUGAAAGGUUCACGGCUGAGGCCCGGCAGCAGCACCGGCCCUUCACGUACCUGCCCUUCGGGGCCGGCCCACGGAGCUGCCUCGGGGUGCGGCUAGGGCUGCUGGAGGUCAAGUUGACGCUGCUCCACGUGCUGCACAAGUUCCGGUUCCAAGCCUGCCCUGAGACCCAGGUACCGCUGCAGCUAGAAUCCAAAUCUGCCCUAGGUCCAAAAAAUGGUGUCUAUAUCAAGAUUGUGUCCCGCUGACACAGAAGGCCGCCGGGUCGGGGGAGGACACCCACAAAUUCAAAGAAAACCCUAAGUGUGGAUGUUCAGAAUUUUGGAAAAAUGUCACUGAAGUGACUGAAAGAGUGCCUGGCAUGCAAGGAUAUGAGGUUCUUUACAUAACAUUUCCUAAAUGCUUAAUAAACGUUUGUUGCACUUGGUUUUGACAUUA